AAACAGACGCCAGUUAAAGAUAUGGCUCCUUCGCUCUUCAGAGAGAUCAAAAGAGUGAGCUUCUCCUGCGCAUCCCCUACUUCAGCAGCAGUACGUACGAGCAUACAUCGACGGUCCAUUGAUGUGCCUCCUGGUGGAAAAGUUGGUGAUGAUCAAACUCCUCAUCUCCAUCUGAGAGACUCCCAGAGAACAACAAAGUCUCAAUCCUCCUCCAACACUAAAUCUCAUAGCCCAAAGAGUGGUAGGAAAAGCUCACAGAAGCUUGCUGAUCUACUCAGCCCUGGAGACUCUUCUCGUUACCUACUCAACUCUUCUCGAUAUGUAUUGAAUGACUCUGCCUUCUUGGACAUCUUUCCUGGUUCUGAACCUGUUUCUGCUCCGCUCCCGGCUGAGCCGUCGAUGUUUCGAUCUAAAACAAGAGAUGAACUUGCUGUUUUAAGACCAUCUUCUUCUACUAGAUCACAUGACCAGGUUGUGGUUUUGAGAGUGUCACUGCAUUGCAAGGGUUGUGAAGGGAAGGUGAGGAAGCACAUCUCUAAGAUGGAAGGAGUGACAUCCUUCAGCAUAGACCUGGCAACAAAGAAGGUGACGGUGGUUGGAGAUGUCACUCCUCUGGGUGUGCUCAACAGCAUCUCUAAAGUAAAGAAUGCUCAGUUGUGGCCAUCACCGCCGCGGUCCUCGGCAUCCUUCUGAUCAGGAAUCACUCCACCUAGGCUCUUUAAAUUUAUCAAGCUGAUGGCGAACAUAUAUUAACUUUAGCCCUUAUGUCGCCUUUUCUCUAUUCAGUAUUGGAGCUCAUGUAUGAAGUUUAUCCUACGUUGUGCAAUGCUGUUUCUUGGUUAAUUAGUGCACUUCUUUUGGGCGUAGGCCGAAU